ACAAAUGCAUUUUUUUUUUCCUGCGGUCAUCUCCUUUUUCGCGGUGCGCCUAGCAUGACACCCCUUGCCUGACGGAGGAGAGCAGAAAUAGGGGCUUUGCGGCUGGCCUGUGGGAAAUCACAAGAGUGAUGCUUCGCUACUUCUGCGAUCAUGACAGAUAACACAGAACAACAACAGCAACCGUCGCCCUGCACAGCAUACGUGUGCUCGCUUCGCAUUAUUUAAUAAAAACCAAAGCCUCCCUUCGCAUGACAUCUCGAAUAAGUUUUCGUUAUUUUCAUGAUAGAUGAUUAUUUUUAUUUUGCUUCGAUUUUCAUCACCGCGACGGUAAUGCCCUGUUCCCUUGACACAUCGGAAGUUAGCAAGGUUACAGAGCAAAUAAAUGGCUUGUUGAUGUAGAGCAUAGAUAGAAGAUAGCUCAACUGUUUAACUCACGGGAGUACUGUGAUUACUGUAUUGCUCAGGCAUACCUCGUCUCUCCCCUCCUCAGAAAAGCCAGAUCUUCCUUUUUUUUCCCGAAAGAAAUUCCUAAUACUUGCACAAAUAGUUCCUUGGAGCCUUCAGUGAUACUAGAAACAGAGGUAUUUUCUUUCCCCGCUGCAAAGAUAAGAUGGCUUCCUCUUCAAAUAUUGAAGAAGACGAGAGUCUGAAAGGAUGUGAACUUUUUGUGCAGAAACACAACAUCCAGCAGAUCUUGAAAGAGUGCAUUGUGAAUCUCUGCAUAGCAAAGCCAGAACGACCCAUGAAAUUCCUCAGAGAACAUUUUGAAAAGCUGGAAAAGGAAGAAUGCAAACAAAUCUUGGCUCGCCAGAAGUCCAACUCGCAGUCCGACUCUCAUGAUGAUGAGAUUUCUCCUCCACCCCCAAAUCCAGUGGUGAAGGCCCGGCGCCGAAGAGGGGGUGUCAGCGCUGAGGUCUACACUGAGGAAGAUGCUGUGUCUUAUGUCAGGAAGGUAAUACCAAAGGACUACAAAACAAUGACAGCACUGGCCAAGGCAAUAUCUAAGAACGUGCUCUUCGCACACCUUGAUGACAAUGAGAGAAGCGAUAUAUUUGAUGCCAUGUUCCCAGUCACACACAUCGCAGGAGAAACUGUCAUCCAGCAAGGUGAUGAGGGAGACAACUUCUAUGUAAUCGACCAAGGAGAAGUUGAUGUCUAUGUGAAUGGAGAAUGGGUGACCAGUAUUGGGGAAGGAGGCAGCUUUGGGGAACUUGCCCUGAUCUAUGGGACCCCUAGGGCAGCAACUGUCAAGGCCAAAACUGAUCUCAAAUUAUGGGGGAUUGACCGGGACAGCUACAGGCGAAUACUCAUGGGCAGCACGCUGAGGAAGCGGAAGAUGUAUGAGGAAUUCCUGAGCAAGGUCUCCAUCUUGGAGUCCUUAGACAAGUGGGAACGCCUGACUGUGGCCGAUGCUUUGGAGCCUGUCCAGUUCGAAGACGGGGAGAAAAUUGUGGUCCAAGGAGAGCCGGGAGAUGACUUUUUCAUCAUCACAGAGGGCACUGCCUCUGUUCUGCAGCGCAGGUCUGACAACGAAGAGUAUGUGGAAGUUGGAAGACUCGGACCGUCAGAUUACUUUGGGGAAAUAGCACUGCUGUUGAACAGGCCCAGAGCAGCGACGGUGGUGGCCCGCGGGCCCCUGAAGUGUGUCAAACUGGACCGCCCUCGUUUCGAGCGCGUGCUGGGGCCCUGCUCCGAAAUCCUGAAGAGGAACAUCCAGAGAUACAACAGCUUCAUUUCUCUGACCGUGUAAUCGGCUACCUGGCAGGAUUGCUGCCUUUUUUUUUGUGUUAUCUCGUGCACUGCGAUUUGACCUGUGCUGUUGCGUAGCUUUAUUAAAAAAAAAAAUGAGUUGUGCAUUUCAUGUGCAUUUUUAUGUAAGGGAUGGCAGAUGCACUAGAAUAUGUAUUUAAAAAAAAAAAGUUAUACGAUGUAGAUUGUACAUGGGUCUGUUGGCCAUACAGUGGAAGAGUGGAUCUUAGAGUUUCGGUUCAGGUUUAUUAGAUUUCUGUGCCAUGUUUACUUGAAAAAUUAUUUUGCAGCCUAUGGUGAAAACAUUUAUUGAUUUCCUCCCCCAUUUUGUUCCAGCAUUUCCUUUUAGUUUACUACUUUUGAAUGUGAUAUAUUCUGUGUACGAAUGGUGAAGCAGGUUUACUAUAACUGGAAUUUUGAAAUUUAAAAUUGAAGCGUCUUUUACAACAUUAAUGUUUAAAUAAGUCAGAAAUCCCUGUGUGAUAUUACGAACACCUGUUUUGUUUUUUGAAAAUAUAUUGUGCAAAUGUUUUGUAACUGGAUAUAAGCACCUUAAUGCCGUGUUUACCUUCCAAAGCAAAAGGUCAGUAGUAUUAUAAAUUAUUGAGUAACAAUCAGUUAAAACAUUCUCAGGAGCACACUUUCUCAUCCAUAGCUAAUAUUGAAUAUAUGUUCUGUUGAAACUGAGGGCAUGGCACCUGUCAUAACUCCUGAACUUUUUAAUAUAACAUCAACUGUUUAGACCUAGUUAUAUACCAUAAGUUAAAUAAAACACUGCUCUAUAUCAAUCUACUGUACACAUCAAACCUUAAUUAAUCCUUUCAUAUGACAUAUUUCACGUCGAUUAUCUGAAUCCCAGCGCAAAUAAAGCAUAACCUUCUGAUCUA